AUGGCACCCGUUGCUAACACUCCCCCAAUUGACUAUCCAUCCAACCAGUCCAAAAUUCCUCAAGCCGUCAAUCCCGAUCGCAAAACCAUCUCUCCGGAGGAAUAUGACCAGAAAUGUAUUCAAAGGAAGAUGGAGACGUUGCGACUUAACCCGCCCCGAGUCCCUACUGAUGCUCUCAUUCCUCAGUGGGUCUUGGAUGGAACAACUUAUCCUGACUUGAAGGAGGCCUUUGGUAAGGACAAAGUUAAUCGAAGGACUGUCCGGGAGAAGCUUUUACAGGAGGUGAAAGCCGGGAAGCAGAAGGCAGUAGAAGAGCCGUCAAACGAUUCUGCUGGACUGCCACCACCAUCCGAUGCAGCAGUCAUGGCCUCUCCCAAGUUUUCACGCCGACCUGAGGAAACAUCGCCUCCUGCUGGGGACAUCGCCUUGCUGAAGUCGUUCAACGAGACCCCUAAUGGAAGGAGAAUCAAACGUCACCAGCGUAAGGAUAGCGAUAAAUCUGCGCUUGAGGAGUACCUUCCUCGGGACAAGAGGGUCACGUUCAUUCCAUACGAGGAACCUCCUCCUGCCGCUUCUGGCUCGGACAAAAGAGUGCAGGAUAUCCCGGAAUUAUGGUCUAACUAG